UUCGCUUUCAGAUUGAAACCAAUGCUCAACACACACUGAAUACAGAGAGAGAGAGAGACUUUCGACUGAAGAAAACUUCUCAUAGAACCACUAGAUAACUGAAUAAAAUGAAGAGAGCGAGCGCUGUGUUUCUAAUCUGUGCACUGGCUUUGUCUCUUCUCUGUGUCUGUGGAACAAGAUGUUUUAUCACUGAUGAACCUGCUGAACCAGGAAGUUGUCUCCUUAAUCAGGUUUGGAAAGAGUGUGGAUCCUACUGCCCCCGAGACUGUCAAAACAUAAAUGAGGCAGAUUUUUUUUGCCCUGCAGCGUGUAAGCGAGGAUGCUUCUGUCAGCCCCCCUACAUCUUUCUGUCUGGUACUGCCGGGCCCUGUGUUCUGCCCAGAGAAUGCCCCUAACAAGCUGGAAAUAGAAAAAUUAAAUGACUCCAGAAAUUAAAUGUUUCUAGACAUAAUAAAUCCUGUGUAUGA